UCAGUCAAAUACGGUAUUCACCAGAACUUUUAAGGUUUGUUCUGCGCAUUCCGUUACCAUGAAGGUUUUGAUCCUAGUUGCUUUGGUUGCCGUGGCAACGGCUAAUCCAGCUGAGCGUCUUGUCCGUUCUCUGGCUGAAGAUGAGGUUAUGAAGAGGGGUUUCAUGAAUGACGUAGUUCAAGCCAUCUGCAUCCCCGUCAUGGACUCUGUGAUUGGUAUGGUCAAUGGUGGAUGUGCCGCACUGGCCGCUUCUGCCGAACAGAAAUGCAAAGAGCUUGCUGAAAAGUACGUUGGCAACGUCGUGUCAGGUCUGUUCUCUAAAGCUAUCGAGAACAUGUGCAAAAACUUGGCCGAUAUCGUCAUCAAAGAGUGCGAGAAAGGAACCGUACAAAACUACGCCAGCGGUGUAUGCGCCACACUUGCCAACAAAAUCGGCUAAAUGAACUUCUUGUAAAUUCCCCGUCCCGAAUAUAUAUGCAAGAAAGACCGAAAUAUAUUGAAAUAUAUUGAUGA